AUGGCAGAGGACAAGUCUGGGAAGGGGGCGUAUAUUAAUAACCCCGAGUUCCCGUACAAAAAUUUGAACAUUAAAAAGAUCGAACGGAUAAGGAAAAGCGUCAGUCUAGGCAGCCAAUUUUUCAUCCAAAAAAAUCCAAUUAACGAUGAGUCAGGAGGAAAAGAACCCGUUUCCAGGGAGGGGAAUUCGCAAAAUUACACAAAUAGUUUAAGCAAAAAAUUUAGUAAAUCGAAAAAUUUUAUAGAAAGAAACAUUGAAAAGAUAUCUAGCUUAAGCAAAAAGAACGACAUGUUCUUGAAGACCAAAAAGACAUGUAACAGGAGCCACGUUGUGGGUUAUGAUAUACACAAGGAUGGAAAGAAAGACAUGAAGGAGAAGGCCACUACAGUUUCUGGUGCCGUCCCACUAAAAAAUAGGGCAACGGGGGGCACUCCUGGGAACAGUGGUAAUAACAAUCACAACGGCAAUAAGAACAUUUUAAGCAAAACCCCAGUGAACCAUUUGAAACACAAAACUACACUCGCCCACGCAAAACACAAAAGCGCAGAGUGCGAUUCGGCAAGAAACAAAACGUCUUCUACGAAUGGUUAUAACCAAGCGGGGGAGCCUCUGAAAAAUGCAAGAAAGUUCCCUGGAAUAGGAGAGAGGGGGAAUAGACAGUACGUGGUCACCAAUUUUGAGAGGUCCAAAAGCUUUGCCAGGCACUACGACGUAGGCGGUGGCGGGGCGGCCUCCACUGCUAAGCUUGGCAGCUGUACGGUGAGUCAUGCUUCUUCCAAGCAUGCAAUCGCGAAUCACAGUAACAGUAAUGCUCCACUGAGAAGGCAGAAAACACUUCUCGGUGAAGACACCGCAGGUCAGAAUAGGAAGGAGAAAGCAUCCUCCACAAGAAUCACUAGCAGAGCAGCAGGUCAUGAAAGAAGCGAAACGCAUCUGAGGAAAAACGCACAGAUAAGCGGCUCAAUGGUAAAAAAAAACGAAUGGAUUGAUGUAAGGAAUAACAUCGCCCAGGAGGAGGUAGCCAAAAAGAAGAAGGAACAAACCAAUGCACAAGUCGCACUUUACCACACAGAUAAGGAUAAACAUGUCACAAAUGAAGGAGAAAAAAAAAUGGAAAAAAAAUUAAAGGAAGGCUCAAAUGCAGUAUCAUCUUAUGAGGAGCAUGAUAUGAAAAAUAGAGGAAGCGACUAUGUAAAGGACAGGAAAAUAAAACGUGAGGGUACCUUGGAAAGUCAGAGAAGUGAAGACAACGAUAUUGGACAGAUAGAAUAUGAUGGUGCUGGUGAAGGGGCGGAUAUGUAUUUCACGAACCAACAACAUAAACAUAAACAAACAGAUGAGGAGCAUAUGCACACGCAAAAUAAUCUGCCAAAUGGUUACCAUUACGGUGGAGGUGGCGUUGAAAAGGGUGGAAUAGAUGAGAUGUGCGAAUCGGAUGCUAGAGAAGAUGAAAAUGAGGAAAAGGACGCAGCGGAUGAGGAUAACGAGGAGGAGAUCGCCGUCGUAGAGGAACCGGAGGAGAGUGGAGGAGACGGCGCCCUGCAGAAAGAGGCCAAUAAGAUAGCUUCACCAAUCUGUAGUAACAAUAACGCAGGGGCAGGAAAAAAGGAAUUCCCAGAAAAAUCGAUAAGCCUAAACGAUAAUUCUUCCCUCGAUACGGCUACAAAUUACAGUUUGCAAAGUAAGAAGGACUAUCAAAGUUGGAGGGACAGAAUAAAGUUAAAAAAUGGAACAAGUAAAAAACUGCGAAGCGCUGACUAUACGUCCCAAGCGGUGCACAACGAAACGGAUAAAACUCUUUCUUCUAGAUAUGCACAUUUGGACUCACUUGGAAAAAAAACAAAUGAAGGAAGACCUACAGAUAGUAAAAAUGUGAACGAAUUUAUAGGAAAUAUUAGAAACAGCAUUGGAACGUUUGACGAAUUGCUUUCCAGGCGGCUUGCCAAGUUAAACGGGAAAGGUGUCCCACCAAAUGGAAUGUCUGUCCUGAAUAGGGGGAAAGAAGAAGACACCCACAAUGGUACUACAACGAUUAGGGGACCAAAAGAAGGUCUCACCUCGCGUGAUAAUUAUUCCUUAAAUGAGUAUCGAAUGGAUGAAGGAAAAUCCAUGCAGGAGAAUUUUCCUGCCAAAUAUAGGGAAGAGCAAAGUGACGAAAUGGAGGAGCCAAAGGGGAUGACAAGGACAUCCAUCCAGAGUGGAGAAAAUUUCCUCUUCGAUCGAAGUAGUUAUAAUAAUGUCAAAAGAGGGGGGCAAAAGGAAGCCGAGGAGAUUAAAUAUAAGAAACAAGUGAACACAUAUUAUGGAGAUAAUGAGCCCGAAAUGAUAGCUAGUGAAAUGAAAAAGAUAGAUGAUAGGGCGUGCGAUCAGUACGCUAAAAAAAGUGACACUGCACGAUCAGGUAAAAGAUUAUUGGAUCCUCCUUCAGUGCAAAACGAGCUGAUGCACACAUGUGGAAACGAUUUGGAGAAUGUGAUCCAGGAAGGAUAUUUCCCAACGGAGCAAAGAAAUGCACUAAAUGAGGAUAUACUUAAGAAGGAGCUUGCGAAUUCAUAUGACUACGAGUUUUCGAGCUCGCGCAAAGCGAAUCAUAGUCUUUCUGGAAGUAACUUUUCUCCUCUGCAUAAAAAUUAUUUGACCGAAGGGGGAAACAUCGGCAACGCGAAUCAGGGCGAUGCACACAGUGACGAUGAAGACUAUAAAUCGGUAACGCAGAAUAAAUCGACGGAGGACGACAUGGAAGAAAAAAAUGAGGUAAACGAGGACGAAGAGGAAGAAAAAGAAGACGAAAAAGGGGAACUACUCACCGACCUGCCAGGCGAUGACGAAGACGAAGCGGAUGAUAAACACCCCGAUGAGAGUAGCCCAAAGGAACAGUCAUACGUGGAUGAAGGACACCUGAAGGAGCCUAACAGAGGCUAUUUUGACAAGAGCUUUAAUGAGGACUCAGUGGAGAAGGAACAUUUGUACGACGUGCCCGAAAGUGCGAAGAUUCCUAGUAGGGUCUUUCUAACAGUAAAUGGGAAAGACGCGCAUAACGGUUCUGUGCAAUUUAAUAAGUUGGGUGGGGAGUCCUUCGCAGGCAGACACGCAGUAGUCAGGGAUCAGGAAGUUAAAGAGUAUCGUCCAGAUAAGCCAGAUGAGCAGGAUGAGGAUAAACACAAGUUCCUGUGCAGCUCCAACGACACUUACCAUGUGGACGUAUUAAAGUUGUACAAUAAUAAGCUAUCCCACGAAGGAGGGAACAAAAAGAACAAUAAACUUAUAAACAAGAAUAUGAUUUUGAAGGAGAUAUUCGGCUCGAAUUAUGAGUCCAGCUUGAAAAAUGAUCUGAACGAAUCGAGCAAUGUGAUGGGCGGCGGGGACGACGUGGAUGAAACGGGAAACGUCCCCGAGGAAGAACAGGCGAACGAGGAAGAGGCGCAAAAUUACCCACACGAGGAUACAACAGAGAAGGAGCCGUCGAACAAAAACGCUGCAAUGAUAAGCGAUGGUAAGUACGACAAUUAUAUAAGCAACAAACCGAUCGGAGGAGGUACUCACCAGCCGUUCGAGUCUCAGUUGGAUAAAAGUAACAGCGUGGAAAAGGACUCGUUUGGAAGUGAGCUAGCCAACGAGGAGGACUCGUUGCUUAAAAGGUAUGAAGAGAAUUCCUCCCCCCUGAUUUUGUCGAAACCGUUGUUUAACGACAAAACGAGUGAAAGUAGUUAUAACACAAGUGUGCUAAUGGGCCGAGCAAAAAACGAAUCUCUUACCUUUAGGGACACCACCGCAGGGGGCAAUAGCAACAAAGAUAGAAACCGUAGCGGUGAUGCCCUUUUAAAAAAGAAAGGUCUGCGAAAUGUUGAGGACACACCAAAUUACACAGACGAUAAGCGAACGCAUAAUGGUGGUGAGUUUUCGAGCGAAUAUAAGGAAGGCAGAUAUACAUCGGGGGAAAUGUCCGAACACGUGGCGGUAGGCAAAGCACAGGAUCCAGCAAUGCAUUUGCGUGAUGUUGUGACGGAAGGGUGGGGAGAAUAUUACGACGGUGUAGGAAACAGAUAUGGGGAGAGUAACGAUGCGAUGAGGGUGGAAGAACCGGAUAGCGAAAACGAAAUGAUCAACAUUGAUGGGGUGGGUGAGAAGGCAGCCCUGGAAGAAGCUAAUAAGAUAGUACCAAAUGAGGAGGAAGGGAAACGAACAGAUGAACCCUUUGCAAAAAAGAGAAAAGGAAACGAACAUGCAUAUGAUCAUUACAUUGGUGAGUAUGAACAAGGCUUCUCUGUGGUGAACCAGAAGGCAGGCGAAAGGAAGAGAAAAGAAAUAGACGAGGAAAUAGGGAAGUAUGAAACAAGGAGGGACAAUCAAGGUGGGCAGUACCGCAGUUAUAAGGACUACAUAAAAGGGGAAAAAGUGGAAGGGAGAAACAACAUCAGAGAAGAACUAAGGAUAGGUCGAACGGAGGAGGAUAAUCCCAUGCAACCUCACAGAACGUCGUGGGUGAGAAAAGCGCAACGCAGCAGUGACGGAGCAGCGAACACAGAAAAUGAGUUAACACAUGAACAUAGCGAAAAAACUCAUGGUGAGAAGAAAAAUAACGCCAUUUGGAAAUACAAGGAUAAGAAGUUCCUAAUUUAUAAGGACAAAUUAUUUGAGGAAAAAGAAAGGGAAACAAACGAAAGAAAGUCCCACAUGAAUGAAGAACUGAUAGACAUGCAUUAUGGGAGGAAGUUGGAUGUAAAUAAAGAGAGGGAAUAUUUAUUCGACUCUAUGAGCGAUAGUUACAAUUAUGGUUACGUAGGGAAAGGAAGGAGUGGCAAGAGAACCUCCCACAUGAUGAAUUUGUAUGAAAGCAUUAAAUGCAGAAUGGAAACCAGCGGAAACAAGGAAAGUGACAAUAGCAACUUGAAGAGCGUCAUAUGUGACGACUACUAUUUGGACUACAUAAAGAAUAGGAGAAAACAUAGCAAUAAAUAUGAAGGGGGGAAAAGCCGAGUGAAUAACUAUAAUAAAAUGCAACAAAGCAGCAACGAAAAUGAGCUCACUUUAAACAAAAGGAAAAGGAAGAAUAUAUUCGAAAGUGACAGCCUGAUAAAUGAUAGCAAAGAUGAACAGAAUUUUGAUUUGCCGCGUAACAAUAAUGAAUUCCUGGAGGAUGUGAAAAAAAAAAUAAAAAAAAUUGACCAUAUAGAAUGUAGCCAUUUAUCCUAUGGCAACAGUGAAUGCUCCAAGGGAGCUGUUUUAUAUAGCAGCAUAAACGAAACAACAAAUAGUAGCCACACCAUCGUAUCGAAGAGGAGCAAAUAUAUAUUAAAACAUUCGAAUGCUUCCUCCCUUUGUGAUGACGUCCCUUUGUUUUUUAACUUUGUGAAUUGCAGCUCAAUCGUAUUAGGGUCCGAAAUUAUAUACGUCACAGAUGAGACGUAUGGAAAGUGCGAAAAUAUUUUAAAAGACAAACCGUUCAAUACGGCCAACGUGGAAAGGGGGUACUAUGAAGAUUACUCCAACGACCUCUACAACGUGGCGAAUAGUAAUCUGCACAUUGGCAUAGGGAAUAGUAGGGAGCGUUUGGACGACAUAGGUGAUAGGGGGAAGAUUGCCAAUUUUCUGGGCGAACGAGUGAACUGUUCUACUGAGGAGAAAACCGGGGGGGGAAGCGAUUACCCUAAAUUGUCAGAAGAAUCAGGUAAAUUGGGGGAAUGCCCGGGGUGGCUAACCAAAAGAAGAAUAAAAAAAUAUUUCGAUUUUUGCAUUGUUAAGCUGUGCAAACCGACCCUCAUAAAAGGUAUCGACAUUGACACGAAUAAUUUUUUGGGAAACUACGCUCCGUAUGUUUCUAUCGAAGGGGCGUACAUCGAGGACGACAUGUUAAUGAGUGCAGAGUCGUUUUCUAAAUAUGUGGAUCAAGUUAAAUACAACAACAAAAAAAAAAACGAUUUCAUAUUUGAGAGGGACUUUUUUUCGCACCACCCCCCUGGUGGGGGGAGAGGCGAAAGGGGGGGUGUGCACAAGGAAAAUGGUGAAUACAGAAAGACAGGUAAUCCCAACAACAGGAAUAACGAUAUUAGCACUGACGCAGAGAGGAAAGAUAUGUUCCUGUCGAGCCGAAACAGCAGCGGGGAAAACCGCUACUGGAGCAAUGACCGAAGGAGUCUGGAGGACCAUGUGCUGAACAAUAGGGAAGAGGUAGAAUUGGUGAUAGACGGGAAAACGUAUUUUAAAAGAAACAAAUAUUUUUAUGAACCCAUUUUGAUAGAUCCCCUGGACAAGUCGGACCAGGAGUAUGAAAAUUAUUUGGAAAUUCUAAGGUAUAAUGAUAAGUAUAAAAAAUUGAGGACUAACCCGAAGUCGACUUCCUUUGUGGCGAACGGAAAUGAGUACCGCUAUAUAGAUAAUAAGUUGUACACCCUUGUGGAUGUGACGAAGGAGAUAGCUAGUAGGUAUCCUGGAAUCCACAAGGGGUGCUUGUUAAGGAGUUCCUCUUCCCCACUGGACGAAGGGAGGGGUUAUUCCAGUGGUGAUCGUUAUGACAAUCGUUAUGACAAUCGUUAUGGAGAUCGCUUCGUCGGAGUGGAGGGAGCUGGCCUUGGCGGAGCAGAGCGCCAUGCGAAGUACCGCACGGGUAGCGCAGCGGAAGGGGAACAGCGUGAAAGUGAUUUAAAUGGUGAAAUUUGCCACAAUGAUGAAAAUAGCGAAGAGGAGGAGGGGAACGCGUUCCUCUCCAACUCGUACAACUCGAACACGCUGUUUCUAGACAACGACUACUCAAUAGAAAAGAAGAUCUACAACGACCUGCACAAGCAGUACCAAUGGGUAUCCAUCCUAGAGGAUGAAAGGAUGAACCCCGGAUUCAAAAACUACAAUCAUAACUGCUUCAACAUAAACACAUGUAACAAAAUAUUUACGCACCUCAUUGUGUGUCUACUCCCCGAUGGAGGAAUAAACAAAUUGCGUGUAUAUGGAGAGAUAAAAAUAAGUGAAAAAGUUCGAAAAAAAAGUUACAAAAAGACCAUUAACGUGUGUGAUAUUCUGGAUGGAUCCCACGUGGUCUACACAACUGACGAAUUCUAUGGAAAAUCGGAAAACAUAUUGAUCGAUCAGAAUUCUGAGUACGUUAUGGGGUGGCAAACAAGAAGACUGAUAAAUAGACCUCUACGUUACGUUGAAAAUUUGACGGUAAAUAACAUGUCGUCGAUAUUUUUUAACAACAAUUAUUGCAUAAUUAAGCUCAGUUUUAUCACCAGCAUUAAGUACAUAGAAAUUAACACCAUAUUUUAUGAAUACAACUUUCCUUUGUGCGUUUCGAUUGAUUAUUGCUAUAUGAAGGAAGUACACUCGGAGGAGAAGUCCAAGCAGAUUCAAUUUUUUGGCGAAAAUAUCGAGAACAUUCAGUGGAAGGAGCUUCUCCCCCUGUCCUACAUUAAGGGCAACCACAUCAACUUCUUUACCGUCAAUGGGAGCAGCGCUGAUGAGGCACCUUUGCCCGACGUUGUGUCUUCGCACCUCCGUCUGAACAUAUACCCGGACGGGGGCAUAAACACGAUUAAGGCGUACGGCACGGUGGUUGAGGUGUAG